AUGGCUGCCGCGCUCUCCAACAAAUACCUCCUUCCCACCCCCACCGAGGAAAAGCCCGCGUCUCUCCACGACUCCGCCCGCGGCUCCCCCGAACCUCGAGACGGCUUCCAACAACUCAUCAACGAUGUCAACGUGAUCCUCGGCCCGUGCAACGGCAUCGACAGCGCUGGCGUCGAUGUCGGCGAGCUCAAAUUCGUCCUUCGUGACUACAAGUCGUGCGAGGGCGAGUGGGAGAAGUAUGCCUUUGCCGAUUACAGUCGGGCAUACACUCGUAACCUCGUCGACAGGGGAAAUGGAAAGUGCAAUAUGCUCCUCCUCGUCUGGACACCCGGCAAAGGCUCUCCCAUCCACGACCACGCAAACGCGCACUGCGUCAUGAAGAUCCUCAAAGGCCGCCUGCGCGAAACCAUCUACGCCUGGCCCUGCGAAAGCUCCAACAACCCCAGCUCCUGCAAAGCCCACCCCUCCUCCCUCUACCCCAGCACAGAACACACGUGCUCCCCCGCCGGCGGCAUGGGGCCGUCGUCGCUACAACUCGUGCGAGACACCACUUACCACCCGGAGCAAGUGACGUACAUGAGCGAUCGGUUGGGGUUGCAUCGCGUGGAGAAUCCGAGCGAUAGUGAGGUUGCGGUGUCGUUGCAUUUGUAUACUCCUCCCAAUGCAGCGAAGCAUGGCUGCCACAUCUUCGACGAGACGACGGGCAAGAAGAGUCAUGUGGCUCAAUGCCACUUCUACUCUGAGCUGGGCGUGAAGAUGUGA